CCCAGAAAACCUUGCGUGGGGGCGGAGACGGCGGAGCUGCGAUGGCGGACUCGCUGCCUCUGGAGGUGAGAGGAAGCGAGCGGUCCUUCAGGCCUAGGUCGGGGACAGGCCCCGCCUUCGGGGUCCCGAGCUUUGGGGAAAGGCUAUCUGACAGCUCGCCCGGCACCUCCCGCCAGGCGGAAACGAGCUGCCCGGCGGAUCCCAGGACCUGAAAACUCUGGGUAACGGCCCUCUUUGGGGCCACUUCGACCCCUUCGGUUGGGAUACCAUCCUCUCUUUACCCAUUGGCCUCAGAAGAUGGCUGCUCUGUCACCUCGAUGAGGACAGACUCUCUGCCCACCCCCUUCGCUUGAGAUGGCCGUUCCCUCCCCCUCAGUUCUAGAAGAUGUCCGCCCCACCGUCCCUGAAGGGUAAUCAAUUUUAUCCCCAUUGGCCCCUUGGAAUGGUCGUUCCAUUUCCUCCGCCCCUCCCCCACUGCCCUCGCAGUUGGAAAUAGACUGCACCCGCCCUUAUCAAUUCUGGGGAUCAUACCCGAUGUCCUUAAUCUAAGACAAGCCUGCUCUUCAUUCUAGACCCCUAGUGAUGGCUGCCCCUGUAUUAUUCAACCCCAUGGGAUGCUUGUUCUUUUAGUCAGGGGCAAGACUACUCUGCCCUCAUGGGCAAGGAAAUACAGAUGCAGGCUUUGUGUCUUGUACCAUUUUUUGAAAUGGCUUCUCUAUCCGUUUUGCCCUGAGGGUUGGCAACCCCCUCUCAUUGCCCUACGAAGUCAGGCCCUUUCCUCUCCUUAGCAUAGAGCCAUCAAUGACAUCCUAUUCCCUUUUGGCCCCAGAAGGUAUCUAUUCAUCCCUGUAAACCCCAUGGGUGACCAGUAGUAGUAGUAGUAGUAGUAGUAGUAGUAGUCCUUUGGGGUGGUUUCAUGGGAUGACCACCCUACCCUUAUCUCUACCUCCUUUAAUGCUAGAAAGGCAUUUAUUUCUCAGGUUAAUGAAUUAUGUAUGAUCAUUUCCAUUAAGACAUGUUUCUCUUUAACAUUGCUUCCAGAGUUGCCCAUUCAGAAGAUAGGUCAGCUACUCUCUUAGUCUAGUCUUCCGUCUUAGCCCCCUAGGGAUGGGGGCUUAGUCAGCCCAGUCCCAUCCAUACUCUUCCUCAUGCCUCUCCUCUCUGGCCCUAGUCAUUUUCCUCUGAAUAAUAAUCUCCUUUAUCUCCCACCCCUUCCCUGAGCAAAUCUCUGGUGAAAGUAGAGGCAAAGGACUAUCUUUAAUCCAGUAAAUAUUGGAUGCUCACUUAUAUCCUGAGCUUCCUACCUCUGUCAGAUCAGAAAGAGGCCUCCCUUGUGAGUCGGGCCUGGUACUGUGCAGCCCAGAAUGCCCUUCGGGAGACAAAUGUACGCUACAACAUUCCUGUGUCCUCUGCCUCACUCUCAGCCAUCAAGAGUUUGGGCCUAAGAGGCAUUUCAUGCAUCAGCUUGACCAAUCUGGAUGGCUCGCCAGCUUCGCACCAGGUACUGCAGUCUGUUGCUUACCACUUAGGCCCACACCUGCAAAGCUUAUGCCUGGGUGGAGGCAGCCCCACAGAGGCGUCCUUCUUGGCCCUGAUCCUGGGAUGCCCAGUCCUUCGCACACUUGAUCUCAGUGGCUGCAACAGUCUCUUCACAUCAGGCACUCUGCUGGCUCAGCCUGAGACAGUGCAGUGUGUCCGAAAGGCAUUGAGUGGCCUUCGUGAUCUUAAACUGGCUGGCCUGCGUGACCUGACUGACCUCAGCUUCAACCAUCUCAGUGGUUGUUUCCCCAGCCUGGAGCGUCUCUCGUUGGCUUACUGCCAUCUUACCUUUGAGUUGGGCCCAACCUGGGGCUCCGUCAGCCCCCAGGUUUCCUCUCCCUCCCAGCUUUCCUUCCACAACUUGCUACAGUUCAUCAAAGAAAGAGCUGGUACACUGCGUGCCCUAGACCUCAGUGGUACUGGCUUGCCACCUGAGGCCCUACAAGCCCUGGGCCAAGUGACUGGAUUGAAGUUGGAGGAGCUGAAUUUACACAGCUGUAGAGACCUCUCCUCAGAGGCGGUGGCCACCCUGUGCCGCCAGCAGCCUGGUCUUACUUCCCUGGACCUUAGUGGCUGCUCAGACCUGACCGAUGGGGCACUCUUGGCUGUGAGCCGAGGCCUACACCACCUGCGGCACUUGAGUCUGAAGAAACUGCAGAGACUGACGGAUGCAGGGUGUGCAGCCCUAGGGGCCCUGCAUGAGUUGCAGAGCCUAGACAUGGCUGAAUGCUGUCUGGUGAGCGGUCGGGAACUGGCCCAGGUCCUAGGCUCAGUUCGCAGAGCUCCACCUGCACUGACUUCCCUCAGGCUGGCUUUCUGCUCUUCACUGAAGGAUGCCUCAGUUCUCUCCAUGAUCCCAGCAUUGGGCCCAAGCCUCAAGGUGCUAGAUUUGUCCUCCUGUGUGGCCCUCACCAACCAGACCAUGCAGGCCAUCUGCACCUACCUUAUUCACCUGUCAGUCCUGCGCCUGGCUUGGUGCAAGGAGCUCCAGGACUGGGGGCUUUUGGGGUUGAAGGAGCCAAGUGAUGAGCCUGUGCUAAAUCCCCAGCUACACCAAGAGGUGGAAAAUCAGGCUCCCGACCCUCAGGAGCCCAGUUCCGAGCCACAGGGCUCCUCCCUGCUCAUGCUUCAGGCCCUGCAGGAGUUGGACCUCACAGCCUGCAGUAAGCUGACUGAUGCCAGUUUGGCAAAGGUGCUCCAGUUCCCUCAGCUGAGGCAGUUAUCAUUGAGCCUGUUGCCAGCUUUCACAGACACGGGCUUGGUGGCUGUGGCUAGGGGCUGUCCUAGCCUGGAGCGCUUGACAUUGAGUCACUGCAGCCACCUCAGUGACGAGGGAUGGGCCCAGGCAGCCAGGUUGUGGCCAAGGCUGCAGCAUCUCAAUCUGUCCAGCUGCAGUCAGCUCACAGAGCAAACUCUGGAUACCAUUGGGCAGGCAUGCAGGCAGCUUCGAGUGUUGGACAUAGCCAUGUGUCCUGGUAUCAACAUGGCAGCCGUCAAACAUUUUCAAGCACAGCUGCCUCAGGUGACGUGUAUCCAGUCUCGCUUUGUGGGAGGGGCUGACCUGACCCUGACACUUUGAGGCCAGGUCAGUAACUAGCCUUGAAGCUUAUCUUCCCUCACCAAUAUAGUCCUAGCCCAGGCCUGUGCA